CCGGUUCCCCAGGCUCGACCAGCGCCUGAGGAGGUAUGCUCCUCGGAUGCUGGGCCUGUGCGCGCCCCCAUCAUAUGCAGGUGGCUGUUUGAUUGGCCACGUGGCGUCUGCUGUUGGCGGCGUGGCUGUCCAUGACGCGUGGACAGGGGUGCCGCCAGCAGAGAGUGAAGAAGAUGAUAAACAUGGCGGUGCAGCACUUCGGAAACAUGAUGGAGUGGGUUGGGGAGCUGCAAUAUGGAGAUAGCUUUCUUUACACAGAGACGUUCGAUACUGAUGAUGACGCCUGGCAUAGAGAGGACGAUGGGCAUGAUGAGGUGGACGUGGUCAACUACUUCGGCGGUAACUUCGCAAACCUUUGCGCAGUCCACGUGGAUGAGGGGAGUGGUGACGAUGAGCAGGAAGAAGAAGACGUUGUCAAUGGCGAAACAGGCGAGCUAGAGGACGAUGACGUCGUCGGCUACUUUGCAACCAUCAAUUCGGGCGAGAGCGACAUUAACAACACUGAUAAGGACGACGAAGACAACAACAACAUCAACAACAACGCCGACACCGACGUGGAUGACGGUGGAGACUAUGGCAGCAGUGGGGCAGCACGCAGUGAGGGUGUCAGCAUCAACAACAACUACAACAACAACAACAACAACAACAACAACAACAACAGCAACAAUGACAACAACAACACCAACAACAACAACGACAACAACAACAACAACAAUAACAACGAUGAAGAAGCCACACGCUUGCAAUGGGUGGAUCGCGGUGAGAUUGGGGUUGUUGGGCGAUUGGCACAGGCGCAGGUAAACAACAACAACGAUAAAGACGGCGAGUAGGGAAUGGGCGAAAUGGGUGAGGAGGUUGUGAAGGAUGACAAUGACAACAACAACAACAGCAACAACAACGACAACAACAACAACAACAACAACAACAACAACAACAACAACAACAACAAUAACAGCUGUAACGACAACAACAAUAUCAACAGUCAUGAUGACGGCCAUGGCGACAACCACGGGAGCAGUGGGCCAGAGAGGGGAGCUGAUGCAUCUAACUUCGGCAUCAUGGGGAAGAUGCUGCCACCAGUGCACGGGGGGAGAACCUGCUGCUUAUCAUGGUUGGCGAUUUGGGGUUUGAGAUCGAAGUUACGACUGA